UUCUGGACAGCCCCGGGACUCUGCCAGGUGGAUGUUGUGCGUAGCCGGAGCCAAGUUGAAGAGAGAACUCGAUGCCACCGCAACAGUAUUGGCAAACCGGCAAGAUGAAAGCGAGCAGUCCAGAAAGCGGCUUAUCGAGCAGAGCCGAGAGUUCAAGAAGAACACUCCAGAGGAUUUGCGCAAGCAGGUAGCACCACUGCUGAAGAGCUUCCAAGGGGAGAUUGAUGCACUGAGUAAAAGAAGCAAAGAAGCCGAGGCAGCCUUCUUGAAUGUCUACAAAAGAUUGAUUGAUGUUCCAGACCCAGCGCCAGCUCUGGAUCUCGGGCAGCAGCUCCAGCUCAAAGUGCAGCGCCUGCACGACAUCGAAACAGAGAACCAGAAACUUAGGGAAACUCUUGAAGAGUACAACAAGGAAUUCGCAGAGGUGAAAAAUCAAGAGGUUACGAUAAAAGCACUUAAAGAGAAAAUCCGAGAAUAUGAACAGACUCUGAAGAACCAAGCAGAGACUAUCGCUCUUGAAAAGGAACAAAAGUUACAAAAUGACUUUGCAGAAAAGGAGAGAAAGCUGCAAGAGACCCAGAUGUCUACCACCUCGAAGCUGCAGGAGGCCGAACAUAAGGUUCAAACUCUGCAAACAGCCCUGGAAAAAACUCGAACAGAAUUAUUCGACCUGAAAACCAAAUAUGAUGAAGAAACUACUGCAAAGGCUGACGAGAUUGAAAUGAUCAUGACGGACCUCGAAAGAGCAAACCAGAGGGCAGAGGUGGCGCAGAGAGAGGCAGAGACCCUCAAGGAGCAGCUCUCGUCAGCCAACCACUCUCUCCAGCUGGCCUCGCAGAUCCAGAAGGCUCCGGAUGUGGAGCAGGCCAUAGAAGUGCUGACCCGUUCCAGCCUGGAAGUUGAGUUGGCCGCCAAGGAGCGGGAGAUCGCCCAGCUAGUAGAGGACGUGCAGAGACUCCAGGCCAGCCUCACCAAGCUGCGUGAGAACUCAGCCAGUCAAAUCUCCCAGCUCGAGCAGCAGCUGAGUGCCAAGAACAGCACGCUCAAGCAACUGGAAGAAAAACUCAAAGGCCAGGCUGACUAUGAGGAGGUGAAGAAAGAGCUGAAUAUUCUGAAGUCCAUGGAGUUUGCGCCAUCGGAGGGAGCUGGGACACAGGACGCAGCCAAGCCUCUGGAGGUGCUGCUGCUGGAGAAGAACCGCUCACUGCAGUCCAAGAACACCGCGCUACGCAUCUCCAAUAGUGACCUGAGCGGUCCAUACAGCACAAACUCCAUAUCUUCCCCAAGUCCAUUACAACAAAGCCCAGAUGUAAAUGGCAUGGCCCCAUCUCCCAGCCAGUCAGAAAGUGCUGGGAGCAUCUCCGAGGGCGAGGAGAUAGACACUGCAGAAAUCGCCCGGCAGGUCAAAGAGCAGUUGAUCAAGCACAAUAUUGGACAGCGCAUUUUCGGACAUUAUGUCUUGGGACUGUCUCAAGGGUCUGUGAGCGAGAUUCUGGCCCGGCCCAAGCCGUGGAAUAAACUGACCGUGCGUGGCAAGGAGCCCUUUCACAAGAUGAAGCAGUUCCUCUCGGAUGAGCAGAACAUCCUGGCCCUGCGCAGCAUCCAAGGCAGACAAAGAGAGAAUCCAGGCCAGAGCCUGAACAGACUAUUUCAGGAAGUACCGAAACGAAGAAGUGGGUCUGAAGGUAACAUCACCACCCAGAUCCGAGCCUCAGAGACUGGUUCCGAUGAAGCAAUCAAGUCUAUCCUGGAACAAGCCAAAAGGGAGCUCCAAGUGCAGAAAACUGCAGAGCCAGCCCAGCCUUCGUCCGCAUCCAGCAGCGGCAACUCCGACGACGCCAUCCGCUCCAUCCUGCAGCAAGCCCGCCGAGAAAUGGAGGCCCAGCAGGCUGCCCUUGACCCUGCCUUAAAACCAUCACCUCUGUCCCAGACGGACAUUGCCAUCCUGACCCCCAAGUUACUGUCCACCUCGCCCAUGUCCACCGUGUCCAGCUACUCUCCUCUCACUGUCUCCCUGAAGAAGCCCCCCGCAGCUCCCGAGGCCAGCGCAUCUGCUCUGCCCAACCCCCCAGCCCUCAAAAAGGAGGUCCAGGAGGCCCCCGCGCUGGACCCCCAGGGUGCAGCUGAUGCCACGCAGGGGGUUCUGAGACACGUGAAAAAUGAGCUGGGCCGCAGCGGCGUCUGGAAGGACCACUGGUGGAGCACAGUCCAGCCAGAGAGGAGGAAUGCCGCAGCUUCCGAGGAGACCAAGGUCGAAGAAGCCAGUGGUGGGAAAGAGAAGGGCGGCGGCGGCAGCCAGCCACGGGCCGAGCGCAGCCAGCUCCAAGGACCCUCGUCGUCCGAGUACUGGAAAGAGUGGCCCAACGCCGAGUCCCCAUACUCCCAGAGCUCGGAGCUGAGUCUGACUGGAGCCAGCCGCAGCGAGACACCCCAGAACAGCCCUCUGCCUUCCUCCCCUAUCGUGCCCAUGGCAAAGCCUACCAAGCCUUCGGUCCCUCCACUGACCCCCGAGCAGUAUGAGAUCUACAUGUACCAGGAAGUGGACACCAUCGAGCUCACCCGGCAGGUUAAGGAGAAGCUGGCCAAGAAUGGCAUCUGUCAGAGGAUCUUCGGGGAGAAGGUUCUAGGCCUGUCCCAGGGCAGCGUCAGUGACAUGCUGUCCAGGCCGAAGCCAUGGAGCAAGCUGACCCAGAAAGGCCGAGAACCCUUCAUCCGGAUGCAGCUCUGGCUGAACGGCGAGCUGGGCCAGGGUGUCCUGCCCGUCCAAGGGCAGCAGCAAGGGCCAGUCCUCCAUUCCGUGACAUCACUACAGGACCCCCUACAGCAGGGCUGUGUGAGCUCAGAAAGCACUCCAAAGACCUCCGCCAGCUGCAGCCCCGCCCCCGAGUCCCCGAUGAGUUCCAGCGAAUCCGUGAAAAGCUUGACGGAGCUGGUCCAGCAGCCCUGUCCCCCCAUUGACACGAGUAAGGAUGGCAAGCCUCCAGAGCCUAGCGACCCUCCGGCCUCCGACUCCCAGCCCGCAACCCCGCUGCCUCUCUCGGGACACUCGGCCCUCAGCAUUCAAGAACUAGUGGCCAUGUCACCAGAGCUGGACACCUACGGCAUAACCAAGCGGGUCAAGGAGGUGCUGACAGACAACAACCUUGGUCAGCGGUUAUUUGGGGAGACCAUCUUAGGGCUCACCCAAGGCUCCGUCUCCGACCUCCUUGCCCGCCCAAAGCCCUGGCAUAAGCUCAGUCUGAAGGGACGGGAGCCCUUUGUGCGGAUGCAGCUGUGGCUGAAUGACCCUAACAACGUGGAGAAGCUGAUGGACAUGAAACGGAUGGAGAAGAAAGCCUACAUGAAGCGGCGGCACAGCUCAGUCAGUGACAGCCAGCCCUGCGAGCCCCCCUCUGUUGGCAUUGACUACAGCCAGGGUGCCAGCCCCCAGCCCCAGCACCAGCUGAAGAAGCCGCGGGUGGUGCUGGCUCCUGAAGAGAAAGAAGCUCUGAAACGAGCCUAUCAGCAAAAGCCAUACCCGUCACCAAAAACCAUCGAAGAACUCGCCACCCAGCUCAACUUGAAAACCAGCACUGUCAUCAACUGGUUCCACAAUUACAGGUCUCGGAUCCGCAGGGAACUGUUCAUUGAGGAAAUUCAGGCCGGGAGCCAGGGCCAGGCCGGCGCCAGCGACUCGCCGUCGGCCCGAAGCGGCCGGGCAGCGCCCAGCUCGGAGGGCGACAGCUGCGACGGCGUGGAGGCCGCUGACGGCCCGGGCGCCGCCGAAGCCGAGGAGUCGGGCGGCCCCGCUGCCGCCCCCGAGGCGGCGGGCGCCAGGGACUCGCGGGACAACCCCUUGAGGAAGAAGAAGGCCGCGAACUUGAACAGCAUAAUCCACCGCCUCGAGAAGGCCGCCAGCCGGGAGGAGCCCAUCGAAUGGGAGUUCUGAGGGCGGCGCCCGCCCGCCCCGGCCGGCUGAGCAGCUCCGUGCCGCUCCGUCCCACUCCGCUCCGCACCGGAGUCUCCAGGGGCCGGGCGGAGUCUCGCGGGGCUGGGCGGAGUCUCGCGGGCAGGGCCGGCCCAGGGGCGGCGCCGACUCUCGCACGGACCGAGUUGCGCACUUACCGCCCUGCGGGCCACAGGGCAAAAUCGCCAUAGGCCAAGGUGCAUAUAGAAACAAAGGAGCAUUAAGCCCAAUCUAUGUCGUGUUUUCAAGGAAGAAAACGGAAAUGUGUAGUCGAGCUUUUUUGUACCCUGAAGUGUUUUUUUUAUUGCCCUAAGUGGUUUCCACAGGUUCUGGAAUAACUCUUACAGCUUUGCCUUGCGCCCUCCUCUUUCGUGUGGGCUUAAAAAAAAAAUCAAACCCACAUAUUAAAAGGGGGCUUUUUAUCUGCCAUCUAAUGGCUUCAGAGCGAUAAUACACUAUUAUCUUCUUAAACCAGGAAAAAGGGGGGGGGGAGAUUUUUCAGAAAAAAAAAUUUAAAAAGAAAGUUUUUGUAGCUGUUCAGUUGCCACUAAGAGAUUGCACAGUCAAACCGACUCUAAACACACUAGUUUGGAUUCCUAAAUAUUUUCAAGAAAAGAAUCUUCUCGUUUGAAACUUUGAAUUAAAAUAAAACACAUUUACUCCACAUAUUUUUUAACAAAAAGAAAAGUCACAUCAGGAAAAUAUCUGAUUUUGUGGUAGCUGGCGUAGUGUUUUCUUGUAAGUGAAUAGAAUUCUGACAUGUAGUGCACAUUGAUCCAUAGCUUUAACUGACUCUGGGCUUUUGCUGACCAGGGUUUGUUUAAUACACUCCAUUCUAGGCCAAAUCAGGACAAAAAGAAAAGAUCCGAAUCUAGGUAUUUUAUAAUCUGCUUUUUAACCUCUAACCGCAGAGCACGCUGAUCAGACCUCAUAUCUCGGAGGUUUAGGAGACAAGUUAGAACUGUAGCAUGUACACGUUCAUUUUGUUUAAUUUAUGGUGUCUACGUCUGUGUUCAUGCGUCUGCACGUGUGCGAGCAUUGAAAGGAGGAAAGAGUAGGCCGGCAAGGUCACAGCAGGCAGAUCUGGGGCCAGAUGGUCCCCGGCCCACGUAGACAGCAGUCUACAGGUCUUUCCUUGGCACAGAAGGCACCUCACCUCACACCACUCUCCUGGGCGCCUGAUGGACUGAGCCCUGCCAGGGGAAGAGGCUCCCUGGGCCUGGGCAGGGCUCGCACGC